AUGGCAAAGUGGAUGGGAGCAGAUGGCUGCCAGCAAAGGAGGAUGGACAGAUGGCUGGGGAGAAGGCCACGGUCUGUGACAGCAGAGACACUGGGGGCAGCUUGUCUUUUGGGGGUAGUUGCAGUGGAGUGGGAAGGGACACGAGGACCAAGGGACGAAUCCCAAAGGCAACAGCUGGACACUGUCACCUGGUUUCUUUGCCCAGAAGCCCAGGCACACAGCAGCCCUGUGCCAGAGGGCUCCAGCCGGCACGGGAAGCGGGAGAGGCCGGCCGCUCUCCAGGAGGAGUUGGAGGAGGCAGCCCCAGGCGAGGAGGACGCCUGGGAACUGGACAUACUGUGCGGCCUCAAGAUGAGGCUGAAGCGAUGGCGGGUGUCCCCGGUGCUGCCCGAGCACCACGAGGCCUUCAAAAGGCUGCUUGGGGACUGUGCUGUGAAAAGAUUCCUGGCCUGGGACAAAAAUCUGAGGGUAUCUGACAAGUAUCUCCUGGCCAUGGGUAUAGCAUAUUUCAGCCGGGCUGGUCUCCCCUACUGGCAGUACCAGCGAACUCACUUCUUCAUAGCUCUGUGAGUAUUGCUGUCAGUGGCCGGCCGUCAACAUUCAGUCCUCUGGGAGGGCGGAGGGAGAGGUGUGGGACUUGUAUCUAUUUUCUUUUUUACUCCACACAUACUGUUCACUUUGGUAUACCAAGGAUAGGAUUAUAACAGAGCGGUUUCUAUACUGUUGUCUGUGGAGACAGACAAGCCUAACACCAGUAAAAACAUAGGAACGAACAAAAGACCACAGAAAACCCUCCUAAGAGGAGGGACAGAAUGGGCGCCACGCUGUCCCCAGGUGGCCAGGCUUGAGACUGCACCACCCCGCUCAGAAGCCUUGGACGCUCUCCUGCCCGAGUCCACAUCAA